ACAAUGUCCUUGUUUUAUUUAGUUUACUUAUACGUUGAAUAUAAAAUUUGUGUUCAAAUUUGAUUUUUUUCUUAAUUUCUUCCUGUAAAUAUUGUUUUUUGUUGUGCGAAAAAAUAUCGUAAGGACGAAUUUCCCCCAUCUUAAGUAGUUGGCUUUUCCGUGAAGCUGUGACUCUGCUUAAGCGGUGUAGUGGUUGAAAGAUUCAAAUAGAAAUGUUCUUAAGCCAAUAUUAUCUUUAAGUACUUUAUUUGCAUCUCUGUUACGGAAGUUUACCAUAUUGCUGGAUAUUUUCGCUACGACAUAGUUGUCCACAUCCAGCUUUAACAGCUUGUCGCCUGUGUGGCUGAGUUUUUUUGGCGCGCCAUGACAUGAGAAGUCAUCAUCAGUUGGGAAUGAGGAAGGAUGGAAAGGUGCAAGAUUUUCCAGAUCUCUGGCAUAAAAAACCGUGACAAGAAGAGAGUUUUGGUGAAAGGGAUUCAACAGCUGGGAGGAAAAUACAUUGGUGGCUCUGUAUACAAGAAUGGCAUCACUCAUCUCAUAACACCCCAGGUUUCCCCCAGUGAGAAAUUUCUGGCUGCAUGUGCUGCAGGAAAGUGGGUUGUGACACUGGACUAUGUUGUGGAUAGUGUUAAGAAUGGCUCCUGGCUGCCGGAGCGAUCCUACGAAGUGGCCAUUUCCACGGCCUCCUCAGCUGCCUUCUACCCCGUCAGGCAGUGGAGGGAAAAGGUGGCCACUGGCAGAAUGACGGGGGCUUUCCAAGGCUGGAGAGUACUCCUUAUGGUUCAAGAGCCCCGCAAAAGAGCCAUGUUCAAACGGCUGUUGAUGGCAGGCAAGGCAGAGGUGUACAAAUACCCUCCCCCCUCCUACAUCUCCAUCACUCAUGUCAUGGCAAAACCUGUCACGGAUAACUCAAAAUCCCACAAUGCCCCUUGCUACCCAGUCAGUUAUAUAGUCCAACACCUUUUUCAGGGCAGUCAUUUGGAUGUAAAUUUCAACAUAAUGAAAAGCAGUUACUUCGAUUUCGACCUCUCUAAUUUGGAGAUGGAGCUCAAGAGCUUUGUGAUCAAGAAGGAGGGCCGGCCAAGAUUCUGCUUCCUUGAAUUUCUGGGUUACCAUGACCCUUAUCGUACCCAUUCCCAGGCCACAGCAACAGACUUCAGCAAUGUUGGCAGCAUGAUAGAGUGCGGCCUCUUCGCUGAGGCCUUGGACUCAAUCAAAAGUGCAGUGUAUCCAGGGCUUCCGCCACCAGCAACGUAUCUGAUCUCCUUCCUCCAAUAUGCCCAGCAGGGCAAUGCCACACAAGCCUUCCUGAGAUCUUUACAUCAGUUUUUGAGUGUCCUGCUCAUUACCAACCCGCCAUGGCUGGCUCUUAGUACAGGGAAAAAAUAUUACAUUCAAGUGCUGCAGUGUCCACAGUGUAAGAAUGGCUUGUGGCCUUUUUUAGAGACAGCCAUCAGGUAUUGCCUGUUCGACAGUGCCACUUGUCACCCCCUCCCUGGACCUGGGCUGCCAACUCUAAUACAUUUCAACCGUGACAUUCUGGCACUUUGUCUGAAGAUUUUCCAAGGGGAACUCCACUGUAUUACAAGCAGAGGUUUCCUACAGGGAACACGAGCGUCCCCUUCUUUAUCAUCGUCGUCAUCAAGCUCCUUGUUGUACAGAACCUUCUGGACUGUGUGGGAGCGCUCGACGUUACUGUCCCAUGCUGUGAAACAACUUGCUCAGCUCUUAAUCCAGGCUGCAAUGGUGGACUAUGCUGAGAGAGACGAGAACCUGCAUUUGGCAGACAUCCUGUUGGACCUGCUCUCUGUGUUGGUAGAGUUCUGGUACCAGCAACACUUCAAACUGAACCAGAUUCUGGUGGACAAAGGUUUCAAAGACCUGUCGGAACACCUUGUCAUUAUUACCCAGGAUGUGUCUCCAUCUGUUUUAAUUGAGUUGGUGGCCAGAGUUCACUCAUCCAGGUUUCGUCUGGUGAUGGCCGAUGCCAUGUUCCGGAAUCUCUGCUGCAGAAGCGGCUGCACUCUGGGAGACGAACCUCUUUCUCUUAAGAAGAUGGUGCUUUCCUACCUGCCUGCUCUGGGAAGUUUAGCUCAGACUCCCUGCAGUGCACCCCCGAGGACUGGACCCACUUCAUACAGCUGUGCGGGUGGGGGAAACAGCUGCAGGAACCAGGACUCCUUGGGGAAAGAAACAAGCACAGAGAAAGAGAACAUCCCCAAAGGCUUGCACAGAGUCAACGCAGCAGGAGAGACCCUCCUCCACAGAGCCUGCAAGAGGAACCAAGUGGAAAAACUGCUUCAGAUUCUGGCGCUUCCUGGCACGGACGUCAACGUUAGAGACCAUGCAGGCUGGACGCCUCUACAUGAAGCGUGCAACCAUGGCAGCACUGAAUGUGUGAAAGUUUUGCUGCAGCAUCGACCUGCACCUUUCCUCAGCAACCAGGUGGGUGGAGUGAGUCCCCUGCAUGAUGCCCUCCUGAAUGGACACAUGGACAUCGCCAAAAUGUUACUGGAGCAUGGAGGUUCAGCUCUCUUUCUGCAGACGGAUGAAGAAGGACGAGUCCCGCUGGACCUGGUGUCUGCUGCAGCUCAGAGGGAGGAGCUCCUCCACAGCGCACAGGUCGGAGACUCUGCCCUCAGAAACAUAGUCGCUGAGGUUUUGAAUAUUCCCCUUCUUGAGGCCGGGGCCUGUCUGUUAGGUCACCUCAUUUACUCUUACCUGGUGGAGAGGGGUCCACCCAGCCACACUUCAUCCAGCAACCAGCUCCACAACCUGGGCUACAAACUGGUCAGAGCUCUGCAGAGAAACUCCCUCCGAGAAGUCACUCUGGGCUGGACGGAUCAGCGGGCUGUGCGGCUGAUGGAGGAUGUGGAGACACUCCUGGAGCUGAGCAAAGGGCAGAACCAGGAUCUGGUGCCUCCUGCUGUGAAGCAGUGCAAAGCUGAGAACACUCAGUUCCUGAUGCAGAUACUGGAGGACCUCAGGUCUCGCGGUGAAACACUACUAGCUUAUAUGUGGUGAAAGAUAAAUGCACCUAAAAGGACUUGAAUUCACCACCUGUCAUUGAGUGAAGAACAUUUUCAUUUAUGAAAGAGUCACCUCAGGCCUUAUAAAUGCAAUAAAACUUUACCUAUAAGGUUUUUGUUAAGCAUGACAUCUCAGAAUUUAUGCAUGUUUUGGGAGAUUUUAUACAUCCCCGAUGACUAAAAAAUUGUUUGGGUGUGUUCCUUUUUUGUACUAAAAAGUUUUACUCUUUUUUUGAAAUGUAUAGUUAUUUAUUUGUAACAUGUUCAGUUGCAUUUUUUAUAAUAUGAACAUUUCAGUUAAGAUGAAUGUUAUUGUUCCUAAUGUUAACAGAAUAAACGGCUUUGUCCUUUGCUUGAAA